ACCAGGGACAAACGUUAUGACAACUAUAAGUAAUGAAGUCACCAUUAAUAAAACAGUUUCCAACAGAGUUUCAGUCACUUCACAACCAAACUGGUCUCAGAUCUACAGAGAUGAGAGAAUCACUCUGAGAUGUGAGAUCCAGGGAGGAACUGAUUGGACGUAUGAAUGGAGACCAACCAAUGGAAACUCUCCAUCAUCCAGUGAAUAUAUGAGCAUCACAGCUACUGAGUCUGACAGUGGAGAUUACAGCUGUAUGGGUAGAAGAGGCUACGAGUUCACAGGAUGGAGUGAAGCCUUCAGACUGACAGUGUCAUCUGAUGAACCCAGAGCCACCCUGACAGCAGAGAACAGCAUCAUACCAGCAGGGGGCAGUGUUACACUGAGCUGCUCUGUGGACGGAUCCACUGACUGGGAGUUUGACUGGUUCAGAAAUGGACGACAUUAUCCUGCAUCCUCUGGAAACACAAAACCAGGUGGAACCAUCAGAGUCUCAGAGGGAGGGAAGUACAUCUGCAGAGGAAGAAGAAGAGAUUUAUCUUUUUACUCAAAAACCAGUGAAGCGGUCACCAUUCAGAAAGCUGGUUCUAAGCCGACUGUGAUCCUGAAUCCCAGCUCGUCUCUGACAGAAGAUAAAAUCCAUCUGGAGUGUUUUAUGCAGAAAGGACCUGAGUGGACGUAUGAAUGGAGAAAAAACAACUUGGAUUAUAAUCCAACAUCCAGGAUCAUCACAGCUGAGAGUGGAGAUUACAGCUGCAGAGGAAAAAGUGACAAUCUCUUAACACAGUGGAGUGAUGUCAUCACAUUAACUAUCUCUCCCAAUAAACCCAGUUUGAUUCUGCAACCCAACUGGUCUCAGAUCUACAGAGGAGAGGAAAUCACUCUGAGAUGUGAGAUCCAGGGAGGAACUGAGUAUGAUUGGACGUAUGAAUGGAGACCAACCAAUAGAAACUCUCCAACAUCCAGUGAAUAUAUGAGCAUCGCAGCUACUGACAGUGGAGAUUACAGCUGCAGAGGAAUCAGAGGAGGGUUUUCCUUGACAUCAUGGAGUAAUGUUAUUAAAAUAACUGUAUCGUCUCCCCCUCAGCCUGUCCUCUCUGUGUCUCCAUCAUGGCCGAAUCCUGGAGCCUCAGUGACUCUGAGCUGUGAGGGUUUGGAGCUUCAAUCAGCAGGAUGGAGGUUCUUCUGGUAUAAAGCUGUUCCUGAUCCAUCCAAGCUGAACUAUGGACCAUCCUACACUUAUGAACUGCUUCCUGACAGCAUCACUGGGACUGAGCAGAACUCCAUCAUCAUUAAUGGACCGACUCAAACAGCAGGAUAUCAGUGCAGAGCAGGAAGAGGAGAACCAAAGUUUUACACUCGUUACAGUGAAGUAAAGUUUAUCUGGUCUGCAGAUCCUGGUCCAGCAGCUCUCUCAGUGAAUCCUGACAGAGUUCAACACUUCAGAUCUGACUCUGUGUCUCUGAGCUGUGAGGGAAACUUUACUGAGUGGAGAGUGAUGAGGUUUACAGAAACACGACAACUGUCAUACUUUACCUGCUUCAUCUGGGGGACAAUGACUGGAUCUACAUGCACCUUUGAACUGUACUAUUAUAAUAAUGGAGUUUACUGGUGUGAGUCAAAAUCUGGAGAGUUUAGCAACGCUGUCAACAUCACUGAACAGGAUGAUUAUUAUAAUGGUAUUAUCCUGGUGAGCCCUGUUCAUCCUGUGACUGAAGGAGAUCCUGUGACUCUGAGCUGCAGAAAUAAACAACAAUUUCUCUCCAAUGUGUUUUUCUAUCAUAAUGAUAAACUCAUCAAUAAUGACGGCAGAGAGAAGCUGAAUAUCUCUGCAGUGUCAAAGUCAGAUGAAGGUUUCUACAAAUGUAAACAUUCAGGAAAAGAGUCACCAAGGAGCUGGAUGUCUGUUAGAGUGACUCUAACCAGUUCAGUCAGUUCUUCAUUUCCUGUGUUGCUCAUCGUUGGAUCAGUUGUUGGAAUCGUUCUCAUUAUUCUCAUUAUUGUCCUGAUCUUGUUGUGGCGCUGCAGACGGUCCAGAGAUUUAAGCAGUAAAAGAGUGAAUCAACCUGACAGCAUCAAUCCAGCCUCAGCUACAAAUCAUGAAGUGACCCAGAAUGACGGUUCUGUUUACAGCUCUCUGCUUCACGGUGACACUUCCCUCUAUGAGACAAUCCCACUCAACAGAGGAAACGAGAGGAUCCAUGAUCCAACAGAAGAGUCUGACUAUGCUAAUGCUAACCCAGGAAACAGGAAGGUGAUGGUUGGUCCUCCAGCAGGGCUGGCCCAAGGCAAAGGCAACGCAAACUGAGUGUCCGCUAAGGGCCCGGGUUGCUAGGGGCCCCUUAAGUGGAAAUGAUUUCUUUUUUUAUUAAUGAUUUCUGUGAUUAU